UCCCGGCUCUUUUCUAAAUGUGAGAUUUAGUUUUGCUCCAGGAGUGGCUGCUGGUCUUUGCUCCAAGUUUGCUUGCUCCAAUCCAAGAUCUGAGGAAGAACAGGUGGCUUUUUCAGCGCUCGCCUCAUGGGAAAGUAUCCGACAGGUCCUACGAGCUGUGUUGAUGAUCCAUCCUGCAGUGUUCUCAUCACCAGCGUCACUCAGACAGGCCCUUUGAUUGUCUACGCGUUAUGGGCUUUCGUUACCAGCUGCGGCUCGGCAUUUCAGCUCUGGAAGUUCUUGAAGCUGCGAAGGAAUCAGGUGCAACCUUUAGUCCUCCAGCGGAACGGGAAAGGCGAGAAUUUUAUCUCAUCUGAUAGAAAACCUGGCGAAGAUCAUGUGGUAAAUGUGGAAGAGGAGAAGGAGCUCCGAAUCACUGGCUACACUUGGUCUUAUUUUGGAGAGUUUUGCUACUGUCUCUGCUGCCUGACAUCGCUUCACUGGAUCCUGCUCCACUCGCUCUUACUUUUAGAUGCAUACAACAAGUGUCAAGUCGGUGGUGUGGAUGGGAGUUAUGACUUCAAUGGAAAGAUCUUUUUCGUGGUCUGGUGGCUCUCGGCCAUUUUGUUUACGGCUUGGGUAAUAUUCAAGGGCCGAGUAAGAUUUUGGUUUCGAAGUCCUUGCGGUCUCGAGUCUGCCGGAGUCGUCUUUAUCUGGACCAGAGAAAGCGAGCAGAUUUUGUCGAGAAACGACUUGCCGCUCGUGCACUACGUCCGUUACUUUCGAAAUUUCCUAUCAACUUUUGAAGAGUUACAUGGUCAUUCCGAGAUUGUUAAAAUACUCACUACAAAGGCCGGGCAGCGGCAUUUUUUCUUUCAAGGCCACAGGUUCUUGAUCAAAGGCGAAACUGUGACAGACGUGCACUUCAAAGUUGGGGAGAGAUACUCAGAUUUCCUCAAGGAAGCCGAAGGUCUUACUGAAGGGGAAGCUUAAAAGUGUUUAGGACACUUUAAAGAGCGUGUCCAAACGAAAUCCCGUUUAAACCAGAGUCCCUCUUCUAUUCUAUAUUCGAUGAAACGUUCACGCU